AUGUUCCACCAAGUUGGAAUUCACCGAGAUGAUCAGCACUGUCAAUGCUUCCUGUGGAACAACGGGCACUCCGGUGCAACUCCGCAAGUUUACGUCAUGCAGGUGAUGACGUUCGGUGCGAGCUGUUCUCCAAGCUGCGCACAGUUCGUAAAGAACACCAAUGCGAAGCGAUUUGCCAGAGAAUUCCCAGUUGCAGUCAACGCUAUUGUCCACGACCAUUACGUGGACGAUAUGCUAAGCAGCGUCGAAACCGAGCGGGAAGCGAUCGAGUUAGCAAUGAACGUUCGAGAGAUACACGCACAAGGUGGUUUUGAACUAAGAGGGUGGCGAUCGAACUCAAAAAACGUGCAGGCAGCCCUGAGCGAGCAAGAAGUGGACGAAAAGAACCUGAAUGUAAUUUCGCAGUUUUCAACCGAAAAAGUGUUGGGAAUGUGGUGGAACUCAUCCAAUGACACAUUCACCUUCAAACUACCGACUAAACCCGGCGAAGAUUUACUUAGUGGUCGAUGUGUACCAACGAAGAGAGAGGUUGUUCGUGUGCUGAGCAUAUUCGAUCCAUUAGGCCUUCUUGCCAACGUCUUGAUGUACCUCAAAAUCUUGAUCCAGGAGGUCUGGCGUUCAGGCAUCGGCUGGGAUGACGCUAUCACCUCUACGCAACUAGAAAAAUGGCGUACCUGGUUGGGAGUCAUCGAAAAGGUAGAAACAGUUUCAGUGCCAAGAUGUUACCGUCUAACUACUUCGUCCUCAAUGCAAACAGAUGUGCAGCUACACAUUUUCGUCGAUGCGAGGGUAAAUGGAACCGCUGCGGUAGCAUAUCUGCGGUUCGAAGAAAAUGAUAGAAUCGAAUGCGCUUUUGUCGCAGCAAAAACUCGUGUCGCACCGAACAAGCUAACGUCAAUUCCUCGACUCGAACUGCAAGCAGCUGUAAUUGGAGUUCGCUUAGCGCGAACAGUAGUAGAGAGCCAUCGAAUAAAUAUCAACAAAAGAUUGUUCUGGACUGAUGCACGUGACGUUCUGUGUUGGUUACACUCCGACCAUAGACGAUUCAGUCCGUUCGUAGGUUUCCGGGUCGCGGAGAUUUUGGAGAACACCGAACUACCUGAAUGGCGAUGGGUACCGACCAAAUUGAAUCCUGCAGACGACAGAACGAAGUGGCAGCGAAUUCCUAAUCUUUCCCCAAACAGCAGAUGGAUUCGAGGACAGCAAUUUAUCUGGGAAAAACAGACCGAAUGGCCAGAAAUGCCGACACACAUUGGUACAACAUUGGAACAAAAGCAUUCUGUUGGACUACAUUGCUCUUCUGCCUCAGUCAUAGACUGCGAAAAAUUUUCAACUUGGAUGCGCCUUUUACGUCAUACAGCUUGGCUGAAGCGCUACAUUAGAAAUCUCAAAGCUAAGAGAGAUGGAGCACCUCUUUCACUUGGUGAGCUCACCCAAGAAGAACUGUUGGCGGCGGAAUCAUACCUGCAUCGCAUAGCUCAGGAGUCAGUCUACCUCGAGGAAAUAGCAGUUCUCACCAAAGCAAUUAACUAUGACGAUGCAUAUAAGUACCGAUUACCCAAAAGCAGUCCCAUCUACCAACUGUCACCGUAUCUCGACAAUUUCGAUGUGCUGCGAAUGCGUGGAAGAACAGGUGCAUGUGAAUUCACUGAGCCAGGCGCUAGCUGUCCCAUUAUUCUUCCACGGAAUCAUCACGUUACGGAACUCAUCGUACGAUCUGUGCACUGGCGUUACCAUCACCUAAACCACGAGACUGUUGUGAACGAGCUUCAGCAGAAGUACAGAAUUCCGAAGCUGCGCCGUGUAUGCUACAAGAUUCGGGUCACUUGUCAAACCUGCAAGAAUCGGCUUGCUCGUCCUGAUGCUCCUUUCAUGGCCGAUCUUCCACCAGCAAGGUUAGCUGCGUUCACUAGGCCAUUCUCGUAUACCGGAGUGGACUACUUCGGUCCGAUAGCAGUUCACAUCGAGAUUGCACACUCUCUCAACACCGACUCGUGUAUACUGGCACUUCGAAACUUCAUGGCACUGCGUGGAACCCCAUUGGAGCUGUUUAGUGACCAAGGAACAAACUUUGUCGGCGCUGACCGCGAAUUGAAGGAGGCUUACCAGAGAAUCGAUCAAAAUCUAUUGUUCAAGGAGUUCACUACAUCCAACACCAAAUGGUCGUUCAUCCCCCCAGGAUCACCGCACAUGGGAGGCAGCUGA